GCUGAAGAUUUUCUCUCAGAAGUUGGUUUGUUCCUCGAAUCAGAGAUUCUCCCUCCCUAGAUCUGAGCAUUGCGCGGGUAUAUUCGGAGGAAGAUGAGUGUGAUCGAUAUUCUGACUAGAGUUGACGCGAUCUGCAAGAAGUAUGACAAGUACGAUGUCGAGAAGCAGAGGGAAGCAAAUGUCUCCGGUGACGAUGCCUUCGCUCGUCUCUAUGCCUCCGUUGAGAAUGAUAUCGAGACCGCUCUCGAGAAAGCGGAACUUGCUUCUAAGGAGAAGAGUAGGGCUUCUGCUGUUGCAAUGAAUGCAGAGAUUCGCCGGACCAAAGCUCGCUUGCUUGAGGAGGUUCCAAAGUUGCAGAGACUGGCUGUAAAGCGGGUUAAAGGCCUUUCAACAGAGGAGCUUGCUGCCAGAAAUGAUUUGGUCCUCGCUCUUCCGGACAGGAUAGAAGCUAUACCCGAUGGGACUGCGGGUGGUCCUAAGAAAACUAGUGCUUGGUCUGCAUCAGCAUCUCGUGCUGAGAUCAAAUUUGAUUCAGAUGGGCAUUUUGAUGAUGAUUACUUCCAAGAAUCAAAGGAAUCUAGCCAAUACAGGCAGGAGUAUGAGAUGCGAAAGAUGAAGCAGGAUCAAGGUCUGGAUAUGAUUUCCGAAGGUUUGGAUACUUUGAAGAACAUGGCACAUGAUAUGAAUGAGGAAUUAGAUAGGCAAGUUCCUCUGAUGGAUGAAAUCGACACUAAGGUUGACAAAGCAACAGCAGACCUUAAGAACACCAAUGUCAGGCUUAAAGACACUGUCAACCAGCUAAGAUCAAGCCGGAAUUUCUGUAUCGAUAUCGUAUUGCUGUGCAUUAUUCUGGGAAUCGCUGCGUAUUUGUACAAUGUACUGAAGAAGUGAGAAGAGCGAAAAAGGUCACUUGGGUAUAACAUAUCUCCCCCGUAAAAUGUGAAAUUUCUUUCAUCCCCGAACCGAUUCAUUGGUACCACUGUGCUGUGUGUGUAUACAUGUUUUUAUUCCAUGUGGCCGACAGGACCUUGUGUUUCUUGUUCCCGUGUGUGUUUGCUUGUUCAUUCAUGACAGUUUGCUUUGGUUAUAUAAUUAUACCAAAGUAUGGAAUGCGUGAUCUCCUCCUUAGUAUA